UAAAGGCUCUGCCGGCGCACUGAAGUUGGGGGGACGCCAAGAUGGCACCUGGGCGGAUGUUGGCGGUUUUUGUUGUCUUGUUUGUGUGCUGCGGAAUUCCGUCUGAUGGGCAGAAGAAGAAAGAGACUCUGCUGUCUGAAAAAGUUGGGCAGAUGAUGGAAUGGGCAAACAGACGAGCUGUAAUUCGGAUGAAUGGUGAAAAGUUUCGGCGAUUUGUCAAAGCUCCUCCAAGGAACUACUCCGUUAUUGUGAUGUUCACUGCCUUACAGCCACAGCGCCAGUGCACUGUUUGCAAGCAAGUAGAUGAAGAAUACCAAAUCCUGGCUAACUCCUGGCGUUAUUCAAGCUCCUUCAUAAAUAAACUUUUCUUUGCUAUGGUGGACUUUGAUGAAGGAUCGGAUGUGUUUCACCAGCUCAACAUGAAUUCUGCUCCAACAUUCAUGCAUUUUCCUGCUAAAGGGAAACCUAAGCGAGCAGACACUUAUGAGCUUCAAGUUCGGGGAUUUGCAGCUGAGCAGAUUGCACGAUGGAUUGCUGAUAGGACAGAAAUAAAUAUUAGAGUGAUUAGGCCUCCAAACUACGCAGGUCCCUUGAUGCUGGGAUUUUUACUUGCUAUAAUUGGUGGACUUGUGUAUCUUAGACGGAAUAAUCUUGACUUCCUAUAUAACAAAAAUGGCUGGGCAUUUGUUGCUUUGUGUUUUGUACUUGCUAUGACGUCUGGCCAGAUGUGGAACCAUAUCCGGGGUCCCCCAUAUGCACACAAGAACCCUCAUACUGGUCAAGUAAGUUACAUUCAUGGAAACAGUCAAGCACAAUUUGUAGCUGAAACACACAUUGUGAUUUUGCUGAAUGCUGCAAUAACAUUAGGUAUGGUGCUUCUUCAUGAAGCAGCAACAUCUAAUAUGGAAAUAGGCAAAAGAAGAAUUUUGUGUGUGGCAGGACUAGGACUAGUUGGGUUUUUCUUCAGCCUAAUGUUGUCCAUUUUCAGAGCAAAAUACCAUGGAUAUCCAUAUCGCUUUCUUAUUAGUUGAUCCUGGAGAGAGAGAGAGAGAGAGACCAACUAGAAGGACAGCACCAUGGCUUGAAAAAACACAUGAAGUUAAGAAGAGUUUGGUUGUGUUUCAGAUUACUUUCCAAAGUUGUUGCAAUCAAGGUCUCUCAAAGGAAGACUUGAACCAAAGAGAGCCUCCAGUGCCUUAGCAGAUUUUUAAGUUUACUAUCGGACAAGAAAAAUAUUUUAAAAAUUGAAACGGUUUCAAGGUAUCCUGGGAAAAAUAGAAAAUAAUUAUAAUUGUUUGCAAUUUUCAAAAAAGUAUGCCAUUUCUGUUGACUGAUUAAAGUGCCUUAACCUGAAUUGUACAUCAAAACUGAAGGGCUGAUUUGCAUACUUUUAAAUUUCUACUAGUUGGUAUGUGAUAUUGAAGUAUCAUUUUCAAUAGCUUGACCUGAAAUGCCACAUUCUGUUCUGUACAUUGAGUCAUUUUCUUCAACAGAUACUGUGAAACUGGCUGUUUGCAUUUUGCAUUUACAAUAAAGAGAUGACUUGA